UCAGACACAUUGCGAAAAUACGUCAUCAGCGCCAUGAUGGGAAAACAGAAACGGAUACGAGGAAAUUGAUGUAGAAAAACUCAAUUUUUUGGAUUGUCUUUGAGUUAAAAUGACAUAUUAACGUUUUAUUUGACACUUGUAUUCAAGCCGCUUUAAAGGAACGAAAUGGCUCUAUCGGAGGAAGUUGUGGACGAAUACAAAACGUCCUUGGCGGAUCUGAAUUUCAACAGCAAGCCGUUGAUCAAUAUGUUGACGAUGCUGGCAGAAGACCAUGAACAGCAUGCGCCGGAGAUUGUUAAAGUUAUUGAAGAUCACAUCAACAAGUGUAAACGAGAGAAAAAGCUGCCUGCGUUGUAUUUAAUGGACUCAAUAAUGAAGAAUUUAGAGAAAACCAGUUACAAAUCACUGUUCUCAAAGAACAUCGUUCAGACAUUUACCUCAGUAUUUGAGCAGGUUGAUGAAAAAACAAGAGCAUCAAUGUUUAAAUUAAGGCAGACGUGGAGCACUAUGUUACCAAAUGCAACCCUGUAUCGAGUAGAUAAAAAAAUCAACAGCCUCUUGGAUCCAGCUUGGCCAAUCACUGCAACAGAACCAGAACAGACCAGUAUACAUGUGAAUCCCAGAUUUUUACAAGGGAAGGGCAGUGAGAGCGAGCAUUCAUCACCAGAAGUUGUUGAGGAGCCUGUCGAGGACUCCGAGGAUCAGGAGACGAUAAUGAGACGGGAACUAAUAGCUAAACAACAAGAGUUACUGAGUCUAAAACAAGCAAGGCUUGAACUAGAACUGGCAGAGGCAGCAGAAAAACUUAGGAAGAAACAGGGUGGAAAACCCAGUGUUGCUUCAUCCACUGCUACACCACUAGGUUUACCUUUGCCAAGUUUGGAAGAUACAUUGCCAUUGCCAGAGGUUGCAGCAAAGCCCAGGGAUCCCAGACCUCGACCUACAGAUCCUCGUAGGAGAGAUCCAAGGCUUCAGAACCAAGUUGUAUCAUCUCCACCGUCAGUUCCAUCUACUGGGACUGGACCAGAAUCUGUUGUCGCUUCAUUACCGGGACAAAGUGCAUUUCAGAGCAUGGUACCCAGUUCUAGUCAAUCAUUAUUCCCUCCAGUACAGCCUCAAGGGCCUUAUGCAGUAAGCCAGGUACCAGCAGCAGGUAUGGUGCCAUAUAAUGGUCUCCAGGCUCCUGGUAUGCCAUACCAGCCCAUGAUUGGUGUGCCUCCAAACAUCCCAGCACAUUUCAGUGGGGAAGUUUUUGCUCAAGAAGAAUGUGCCAAAUUUAGUGAUGAUAAUGAUUCUGAUUCUAGUAGUAUUUCUGGCUUACAGGGUCCUAACAAUACUCACUUUUCUAAACAGUCAAAUGUACGUGAUCCAAGGACUCGUGUUGAACAUAGAAGAACUGAAGAACAUAGGAGAACUGACAGUGGUUCAAGGGUUGAACAUAGGAAUUACCAGGGUAGGCACAGAAAUAGUGAUAAACCAGUGCAUAGACAUACUAGUGAUAAACCGACAGCUGCUGUGAAAGACACACACAAAGAUAGAGACCCUAGAAUUAGUUCUGGUAGGGAAGCACAUGACAAAAGAAAAUCAAAAGAUCGAGAAGCACCUGUUCCUAUUAAACAGUCUCGAGAAACGGCAUCUCGGUCUUCUCUUAAAAGUGAUCAACAGGGGACUAAGCACAGAAGUCUUUCAAAGGAAAGAGAAAGUAAAUCUGACACAAAACUGAAAGAUUCAUUUGAAGCAGAUAGGAAAAGGAAAGAAGAGGAAAAAAAGAAAAUUGAUGUGAAAAGUAAUAGAAAAGGUGAAGAGAGAAGGUCAGAAAAAUCAAAAGAACGAACCAGUCGAGAAAGAGAAAAAUCGCCCCAGAAAUCACCGAAACAAUAUUCCUCUAAAAGCAGAGACAUUGUUGGAGAUAAAAGAGGCGAACGGAAAUCUGAAGAAAGGAAAGAUACUAAAACAGAAUCUAAAAAAUCAGAAGCAGCUACAAAUAACAAGAAAGGUAAUAGUAAAUCGGACAUUAAAAAGAGGGACAAAAAUAAGUCUCCUGAUAUGAAACAAAGUAUAAAAAAAUCAAAUUAUGUAGAGUCGAUGGAUAUUGAUGAGAGAAAAAAGCCUGGAAAGGAAGCUGAAAAAAGAUGUAGCAGUGAUGGACAAGAUCAUGAAAGAUUGAUAAAAAAACCUAAACUAGAAAAACCAUUCACUGAGACUAGCAGUGCUUUGAAUGAGAUUACAAGUGACAUUGAUAAUAAAACAGGUGAUACAGAGAUAAUGAAAGAUGUUGAUUUGAAACAAGAAGAUAUGGAUGUUGACACUCCUGAACAGGAUGUUCCGAAGAUUGAUGACGACAUCAGUGAUUUAUUUGGUGGAGAGGAUGAAGAUUAUCGUCCCACCGUCCAGAAACAACAACAACAACUUCCCCUCAAAUCCCCGAGUAGUAAAGGCUGGGAUCAGUUCAAGGCAAGACAACCAGAUCAAUAUGCAUAUGAUAUAGCACUGAAAAAGCAGAGAGAAGAUUCUUUGGUGGAGAAUGAACCAGUUGGGCUAGAUGAGGAGCCACAGGAUGAAGAUUUACGAGUACAUCAGCCUGAGUUUCAGAGGCAGAUGUCUGCUGUUGAUACCAUGGAAAUACCAGAGGAACUCUCUAGCAAUCAGCACACUAAAAUUCUCCUCAGGGCACAUAGACAGCUAAAGGAAGGUCUUAUUACACAUGAGCAACACCAGGAACUAUUAAAGCAGUUAGGUCAGUUGAUGCAGAUACAACAACUUCAAGAAAUUCAGGAGCAGAAUCGCCGACUGUCUGGUGAACUACUUCAACCCAAGGAGGAAGUGCCAAAUAGUGACCUCAGAAGUAUAGCAUCUCCAUCGAGACAGCCUGAACAGGAAGUGCUUGCAAGGGAAACGGUACGUGAAGUUAGAUCACCAGACAGGCCUCUGGAUACCUUUAAAAUUCCAAAGAAGAGUAGGGAAAGGGCUGAAGAAGAUGACAGAAGGAAGGAAUUGAGUAAUUUGUACCCAGAGUCACCACAGGAAGACCGUUACAGAGCACACGGUCCCUUCAGUGGAAGAGAAAGCCUGAACAGGGUUGAGGACCAAGGACAUCCUCCAAGAGAAAAUGUUGGUGUAAAAGAGCCUCUUAAAGAUGAACCCUGGAGAGGUCAAGAUGGCAGGAGACCACCAAGGGAUGAUUUUGUUAGACAAGGGCCUCCGCCAUUCAGAGGACAAGAAACACAGUUAAACAUUGAAGACAGGUUUGAUGGACCAUCUGAACACAUAGGCCCAGGAAACAUUGAGUUCAAUAGAAGAGGUCCCCCAGAUGACAGAAGAGGUCCCCCAGAUGAUAGAAGAGGGCUUCCAGAUGGUACAAAAGGUCCCCCAGAUGAUAGAAGAGAACCUCCAGCUGAUAGAAGAGGGCUGCCAGAUGACAGAAGAGGUCCACCAGAUGAUAGAAGAGGACCUCCAGAUGAGAGAAGAGGGCCUCCAGAUGACAUAAGAGGUCCCCCAGAUGAUAGAAUGGGGCCUCCGGAGGACAGAAGAGGUCCCCCAGAUGAUAGAAGAGGGCCUCCAGAGGACAGAAGAGGUCCCCCAGAUAUUAGAAGAGGGCCUCCGGAGGACAGAAGAGGUCCCCCAGAUGGUAGAAGAGGGCCUCUGGAUGACAGAAGAGGUCCUCCAGAUGACAGAAGAGUUCCCCCAGAUGAUAGAAGAGGGCCUCCAGAUGACAGAAGAGGUCCCCCAGAGAGCAGAAGAGGUCCUCAUAGAGAAGAUUUUCCUGAAAAUAGAAGGUUGAGACCAGAUGGUCCACUUGAUGACUUUGAUGGCAGAAGACAAAUGGAACUGGAUUUGGAUAGGAGAGGUCCACUUGAUAGAUUUGAAGAUGCACCAAAUGUAAGAGAGCCAAGAGGUCCCUAUAGAGGUAAUGAUGAUAGGAGACCCAACAACUGGAAAGAGGGACAAUGGCCAGAUAGACGAGGUGCUGAUGGUCCACCAGAUCAGAGAGGACAAAGGUAUAGGGGACCUGGAAGAGACUUUGAUAGAAGAGGCAGAGAUGAAAAGCCUGAAUUUUUUGGUGGUCCACCUGAUAGCAUGGGAUUUCCAGAUGAGGUAAAUAGAAGUCCUGGUGAUCCAGAGUGGAGGGAUAUAAGGAAUCCUGAAAUGUGGAGAGAUGGUGAAAUAGAAAACGGUGAGUUUGAUAAAAGGGGUCCUCAAGGAAGAUUUAGAGAGGGCAGAAAUUUUGAUCGUAGAGGGCCAAAUGGACCAAAAGACAUUCCACCAGAAAAGAGAGGUCAUAUAGAGCACCCAGUAGGGAGAGGAAGACCUGGUCUUCCACAAGAUAGAAGAGGCCCACGUGAGGACAAGAGAGGCGGCCCACAAGGGGACAGAAGACAUGGUAAUGACGAAGACAAAAGCAUAGAUAUGUCACCUAGUAACUUGAAAGAGGGACCCCAGUCCUGGGAUGACUUGAGAGGCGAUGAUAUGAGAGGACCUCCAAGUCACAGAGGACCUCCUCAUUUGGAAGGACCAUUUGGACGCCCAGGUCCUCCUGCUGAGGGAUCAGGACCUUGGUUUCCUCACGGGCGCAGAGGGGACAGUCCAAAGAAAGAACCAUGGAGGGGACCUCCAGAUAAAAAGCAUUCAAAUGAAAGACAACGGCCUCGCGAUGGUCCGCCUAGACAUGGUCAUAAAGAUGACAGGCAAGAUGAAGAAUUCAAACCUUUCCCAGAACAACCUAAAGCAAAGCCUCUGAUGUCUUUACUUGAUCCUUUACCUCCCAGACCACCACCUGGUCUAAGGAAGACUAUGGGUGAUCCUCGUAUGCAAGGGUUUGGGCCUAGGGGCCCUCCAAGAUUUGAUGGUCCAAGGCCAGAGGGCCCGCAAGAUAUGGUAAGGCCAGGUGGUCCAUUUCAACCACCAUCUGACACUUACAUUGACAAGUUUGGAGACCCAAGGUUUAGAUGUUUUGUUGAUAUGGGACCUAUAGUAAGUGAAGAAGUCAUUAUUGGAAAGAGAAAUUUUGAAAUAAAACUAGGUGCACCUCCCAGAAAGAUACCCUGGGGUAAAGAUUUCAUUGAAGUUUUUGCUGAUCCAUCUAAAAGAGGAAUUGUGAUAGAUAAUAGUCUGAUGUACAAGUUUGGAGAGAGGGUGAAAGAUGUGACUAUUCGAGGAAGGAAGGAGAAAUUGUUUUAUCAUGGCCGUCCAUUAAGUAUGUGGAUAGAUGGUCAGCAUUAUGAAGUGAGAGUAGAUGCUCCUCCAAAAUCUAUGAGUAUCAACGGUAAAAUUCACAAGAUACAAAUUGAUGGCAGGGAUAUGAUGAUUUUGAUUGAUAAGGAAGAGAAGGGAAGAUUUGGCGGAGAGCCGAGAUUCGUGUUCAUAGAUGAAGAACGUAUGGAAAUCAGGUUUGAUCCUCCACCAAGACAUAUACUCAUUGAUGGCAACCUAUGUGAGCUCAAGCUUAACAUGCAGCAACCUUGUGUAAAUAUCAAAGGAAUUUAUCAUGGCAUUAGAUUUGAUGGUCCACCAAGAGAUGUAUUCAUCAAUGGGAAGUUGUAUCAGAUCUUUACUGACCAUGCUGUCAAACUUAGAGUUGGUAAUAGAUAUCAUUAUGUAGCUCUUGGUGGUCCUUGUCAUGAAAUAAUUGUAGAUGGCAAAUGGUUUGAAAUGAAAUUCAGUGAAGCUCCAAAAGAAGUUAAUGUUGGCAACCAGGUAUUGUUUGUUCAGUUACCAGGUAGUCCACCAGAGGUAAAGAUAUUACCAGAAAUUGCUCAAGAACCAAGGCCUAUUCCUCCAGGUAUGCAAGGCCCAAUGCGACCAGGAAUACCCAUGCCUGGGCCAGGACCUAUUGGGUUUGCUGGACCAAGAGGACCUAACAUGGUUCCUGGAGGCCCACAGGGACCGGGAAUGCCCAUGCCUGGUGUGGGACCGCAAGGUUUGCCAGGACCUAUGCAGCCCCCAGCAGGACUUUUACAGCAGCCACAAAUGAAUGUACCUCAGAGUACUGCACCUGCCAUGUCUUUGCCUGGAGCACCUGUUAUACCUGGUAUUGGACAACCAGUAGUAGGUACCCAGGCAACACAGUCAAGUGUGCCAAAUGUGUUAUCAAGUUUGUUCCCCCCUGUACCACAGACAAGCAGUGCUCCUGCACCAAUUGAUAUAAACAACCUGUUUGCCAAACUGAUCAAUACUGGUAUCAUCAAGAAGGAAGAAGAAAAACAGCCGGAACCACCAACACAGGCACCUAAACCAGAGCUCGUCAAACCUCCAGAAUAUAUUCUACCGCAGAAAAAGAAACCUGAGGAGAAAUUUGAAGAUGUUCCAGACAUGACUGAGAUGGAUACAAAUGAAAUGAAGAGCUUGCCAGUUGGAAUGAUUCAGCGUUUGUACUCUGGUAUUCAGUGUACAUCUUGUGGGGAAAGGUUUAUGCUCAAAGAUGGUGAGAAGACAGAGAAAUAUCGGCAACAUCUUGACUGGCAUUUCCGGCAGAACCGCAGAGGAAAGACAGAUAUGAAGUUGAGCAGUUGUAGGAAGUGGUAUUAUGGAAUUGAUGACUGGAUACAGUAUGAAGAAAUAGUGGAUUCAGAGGAGUCUGGUAAAAGCAACUUCUUUGAGCAACAACAACAGCCUGUGGAUACUACCCCAACUAAUACUCAGAACCCUCUUACUUUGAUUGUACCUGAGGGUGUCUCAGCCGUCAGGUGUCCCGCUGCUACAGGAAAUGAUACUGAAGAUAUGUGCAAUAUAUGUUCUGAGGUGUUUGAGCAAUAUUGGGAUGAGGAUCUGGAGGAGUGGCAUCUCAGGGAUGCCAUAAAAGUCAACAACAAAACAUACCAUCCCAUUUGUUAUGAGGAUCAUACUGAUGUGUCUGAAGGCACACCCAGUCCAUCAGUCUUGAACGUUGUAGAGCCAACCUACAUGUCGAGGAAGUCACUCACUUAUGAUGAAUCUUCACAGGACGGUCAUCAUGCUUCAUUUGAGGAAGAGAGGAAAAUUUCAACAAUUUGUUCUGAACCUAUGGACACUGCAGUUAAUGAAACUGCAACACCAGAUGUUGGUGUAAAAACGGAACCAGAAGAAAAUUCUGUGGUUCCUGUUACAGUAAAACAGGAACCAGAACUUGAUAAUAAACUUGAUAUUAAACAGGAACCAGAUCUCAUAAAGGAGCUGGAAGUGAAGAUAGAACCAGGAUUGGAGGAUAUGUCACAUGAUCAAACAGAUAGUGGUGGACAGUCAGAUAAUACUGUUCCACAUACUGAUAUUAAAACAGAACCAUUAGAGGAUCAUGAGAAUUUACCUGACUGUCAGGAAGAUAAUCCUAGUGUUGAAAUACAGAGUGAAAUUUUUGAUAAUCCUGCUAAACCUAGUGUUGAAAUACAAAGUGAAAGUGAAAUUGUUGAUAGAAUUGCUGAACAAGAAACUGUUACAAAACAAACUGAAGUUUCAGAUAAGUUAGAAGAAACGGCAAUGGAAACUAAGGAUUCUGAUAUUCCUGACUCUGCUGAGAUGGAAGAAACUGAAACAGACAAUAUCUCAGACAGUGAAGAACCUGAUCCUGAAACUCAGGAAACAGUUGCAGAAACUGAUUCUAAUACUGAGCAAAAGGAGGAAAGCAUGGAAGCUGAUUCCGAGCCAGAAAUUAAAUCAGACUGUGAGCCUAAGACAAAUAUUGAAAUAGCUACCUCAGGUAUACAUGAAAACACUAGUGCAAGUAUGUCUCUACCUAUUGAACCAGCUGGUUGUGAGACUGAACGUUCACCAACAUACUCUAAACUGAGUAAAAUAAAACUUGUCAUUCCUCAGGAAACCCAGGAUAUCACUCCUGAAGUAUUAGAGAUUGGAUCUAAUGCAAGCACGCCUACACAGGAUGAACUACCUAGUCCACUAGGAGAGGAAUCCUGACAGUGAAAUUUAGCAUGAAAUUGAUUUAGUUAACAGAACCUUUUUUACACUCUGUAAUUUUCAUUAUGACAGCUAUUUACUCAUUGAAAACAUAUUGGUUUUAGGAGAAUGUAAACAAAAAGUUAACAGUUUGCAAGUGGUGAUUUAGUUAUUUCAGAGCUAAAAUCUAAUGAAUUAAGCAGAUAUAGUGACACAUUCAAAAUCAAAUAUUUUAGUUGUUUGCUUUAGUAAUGUUUCAUUGUAAUUUCAGCGUAUUUCAUUUUCUGAAAAUGAAAUUAGCUGUGUACAUUUCCGCAUAACGUCCACUUUUAAGAGGUAUUAUUUGAUGAAAUCAUUUGCAUUUCCUUUACAUCAUAUGUACUGGAUAGGAAGAAAAUAGUUGAGAAAUUCAAAAAAUUGACAUUCAUAGGAAAGUCGGUAUUUAUAAUAAAGGGGACAAGAGGAAAAUGUUGGGAGAGCAGUGUCAGAACUUAUUAACCAGCAAUAGUAGCCAAUAAAAGUAUUGUUUCGUUAAUUCUGUUACUGAAGUACAUGUAUUAGUUUGCACAUUAUUAUCAUUUGGUACUGCUUGAUGUUUUGUGUGUGGGUUUGAAUGCUCCUCUUGUCCUAAAGUUUUUUGGGUUUUUUUUAUUUGAUCAGCUGAGUUAAAAUAUUCCUAGCUUCAGAACCCGACUUGAAGUCUGAGUGAAUGCAUGUGUACAGAGUUAUAGUGCUAGACAUAUUUAUUUUUGUAACUGUUUGAAUUGUUCAAAGAACAGCAGAUUUAUAGUAUUUGUAGAAAAUUUGAAGUGUAUAUGAAGUUUUAACUGUUGACUGUACAGAGUGAUUUGUUAUGUUGUGGGUACUUAUGCUUCCACUUUGAUAAUAAAACACAUUUUCUGUCACAUAAGUGCUUUUUUAUCAUUCAUUAUUUAUCGUAAUACAAGUAGUGACCUCUUGUUAAUAUUUUUAGUUAUUUUUCAUUUUAACUUUACUUUGUAUUACAAACAGAAUGACUGAAGGAAAUUCAGGAUAAAUUAAUGUUUGUUAUAUUGAUUUAUAAUAGACUCUGUCUCAUAAAUUUCUGAAAUUGGGAAAAAAAAUUGUUUUAAUAGUUGUUUGUACAUCCAUCUUUACUGUGUUGGUGUGCGUAAAACCCAAAUAUAAAAUUAUUACUGGUAGUUUGGUAUGUAAAAGUAUUAAUAUAAGUGUUUUCUGAAGAAUAUAUACAUAGCAAGACAACGUGAAAUUAUUAGACUUAAAACAUUCAUAGCUCAAAUUGUUAAACAAAAUACUUGAUCCAAGUAUAUGAAUGCAUGUCUCAGCAUACCACUUGUAAGUACAUUGUUUUUGCAAUCAAGUGUUAAUCAAGUAUAUAAGAAACUAUCACAGUUUUUAAUAUUUUUGGUACAAUGUUAGAUUAGAAGUUGGUAUGUGAUAUUGUUGCAAUGUUGGAACAACAUUGUUAUAUUUUAUUACAAUAAAUUAAAAAAACUGUGAAUUGUAUUUAUGUUCU